CUGCCGUCGCCGGCCGCUGCUUGCUUUGCGCUUUGCUUUCAGCUCUUUUUGCUUCUUGUCUAAUACUAAUAAAAAGAAAAAGCGAAUACACGACGACGGCAACGUUUAGCGAUAAACGCGCAUUUAACGCACUUCACUCCAACCACAACCACAUCGACUCAUGCUCAAGGAGCAGACCAGCACAGUUAACAGUUAGCAAGUGUCAGUUGUAAAGCUUCCACUUUAACGUAACUUUUUUUUUAUGGUGUGUGCGUUCGCUCUGUGCUCAAUUACUUAAUCUCAAGUAUAAAUACACACACGAUUAGAUUUCGUGACGAAAUUCGAGUGUUAAAAAACUAGUGACAAUCACAACAAUUCAGUAGGAACGCAAACGGGAAUAGGAUGAAAUCGAUUUUGAUAACCGGCUGCAAUCGAGGCCUCGGCUUGGGCCUCGUCAAGGCGUUUAACUCGUUGCCGGAUCCGCCGCAGCAUCUUUUUACCACCUGCCGCAAUUUAGAGCAGGCCACAGAGCUUACUGAACUGGCCAAAAAGCAUUCGAACAUACAUGUGCUUGAGAUUGACUUAAAAAACUUUGACGACUAUGACAAACUGGUGGGUCAAAUUGCUGAUGUUACCAAAGAUGCUGGUCUCAAUGUGCUCUUCAACAAUGCUGGUGUUGCCACAAAGUCGGUGCGUCUUGGUGCCACCAAGCAGCAGGAUCUGCUCGACACGCUUCAGACGAACACUGUGGCGCCCAUAAUGCUGAGCAAGGCGUGCUUGCCGCUCUUGAAGAAGGCCUCGCAGGCCAAUGAGCAGCAAAAAAUGGGCGUGGGACGGGCGGCCAUCAUCAAUAUGAGCUCAAUACUUGGUUCGAUACAGUCGAAUGUGGAGGGCGGCAUGUAUGCGUAUCGCACUUCGAAGGCUGCCCUAAAUGCGGCCACCAAAUCGAUGAGUAUCGAUCUGCGUGACCAGAAGAUACUCUGCAUCAGCCUGCAUCCGGGUUGGGUGCGCACGGACAUGGGAGGUGGCAAUGCGCCUCUAGAUGUGACCACAAGCACCGACCAAAUCGUUGAGACUAUUUGCAAGUUGAAUGAGUCUCACAACGGUGGCUUCUAUCAAUACGAUGGUGCUCAACUGCCCUGGUAAGUGCAAAGCACACGUACUCAUCUAUGUAUGAAUGUACUGUAUGUAUGUAUAUACUAACUAUACAAAGUAUAUAUAUUUUUGUUGAAGCUUUGUAUAUUGUAUAUUUAGCUGGUGCUUAUUAAAAAAAAAAAAAAGAAGAAAUUCUAGAAAUCAGAAAUUUUGAUAUCGCCUCCUUGUCUAAGUCAAAGUGGUGGCUGCGGCUGUGGCUGCAGCGGUGGCUGAUCCAUUGGAUAUGCCACGCGUUUCCGCAGAUCUAGUCGGGGUCUUCGGGAGUUCAGAUUGCUGGCCGCUUCCGCAGAAAUUGGUGGCGGAUCGUUCCAGCCGGGUGUUAGUGAACCUAUUGAAAAGAGAAAUUCAAUUCGGUCUCUCAUACGUGGUGCAUGUGGCUUCGUCAAUCGAUUUACCUGGAAAGGCGCCAGUGGGUGCAAUGUUCUGGCCCAUUGGUGGUGGCGGCUGCAAUGGCUGUUGUGUUCCCGUUGGUGGAUGUGGCGCUUGCGUUGGCAGUUGGCUCAUUUUGUAGGUUUUUGCGAAAUUUAUAAUAUUGUUUACCUGUUUCAAAAUAUUGUGUCAGCUGUUUAGAGCGCCAGCCUG